AUGAGAUACCAGUACAUUCAAAAUAGUUUUGGUGAAGUUGUCGGUAAACGAGGAUAUUUUAAAUCAAAAAUACGUGUGACGAUGAAAUUGAUGAAAAAACAAGAAGUAAUGAAUGAGGCAUAUAUUACGAUUACUGGACUGGAAGCAUACCAUCCAACCCAAUAUUCGACGUCAGAUGAAUUUUUAAGAGGUAGAGUUGAGCUUGCACGUUAG